AUGCGCGAAUGUAUUAGCGUCCAUGUUGGUCAAGCUGGUGUUCAGAUGGGGAAUGCCUGCUGGGAGCUGUAUUGUCUGGAACACGGAAUCCAGCCUGAUGGGCACAUGCCAGAUCACAAAGCAAUCGGCAGUGGAGAUGACUCUUUCACUACAUUCUUUAGUGAUACUGGAGCUGAGAGGUACGUCCCAAGAGCCAUUUUUGUUGACCUCGAGCCAACCGUCGUGGACGAGGUGCGAACUGGCACCUACCGUCAGUUGUUCCACCCAGAACAAUUAAUCACAGGGAAGGAAGAUGCUGCUAAUAACUACGCACGUGGCCACUACACGGUUGGCAAAGAAUUGGUGGAUCAGGUUUUGGAUCGCAUCCGCAAACUUAGCGAACGCUGCACAGGCCUCCAAGGUUUCUUAGUGUUCCGAUCCUUCGGUGGCGGUACUGGAUCUGGUUUCACGUCCCUUUUGAUGGAGAGACUGAGUGUUGACUAUGGGAAGAAAUCUAAGCUAGAAUUCUCUAUUUACCCGGCACCGCAGAUUUCAACAGCUGUCGUUGAGCCGUACAACUCGAUUCUGACCACACACACUACACUGGAGCACUCUGAUUGUGCCUUUAUGGUUGACAACGAAGCGAUAUACGAUAUUUGCAGGCGUAAUUUAGACAUUGAGAGGCCGACCUACACCAACCUCAAUCGCCUUAUUAGUCAGAUUGUGAGCUCAAUCACAGCGUCACUUCGUUUUGAUGGCGCGUUGAACGUGGAUCUGACGGAGUUUCAGACGAACUUGGUGCCUUAUCCCCGCAUCCACUUCCCGUUGGCUACGUACGCGCCAGUGAUCUCGGCGGAGAAGGCGUACCACGAGCAGAUGACGGUAGCUGAAAUCACCAAUUCGUGCUUCGAGCCGAACAACCAGAUGGUGAAGUGCGACCCUCGUCACGGCAAGUACAUGGCGUGCUGUCUUCUCUAUCGGGGCGAUGUGGUGCCGAAGGACGUGAACGCUGCGAUUGCAGCUAUCAAAACGCGACGUUCCAUCCAGUUCGUGGACUGGUGUCCGACCGGCUUCAAGGUUGGCAUAAACUACCAGCCACCGACUGUGGUGCCAGGCGGUGAUCUGGCAAAGGUGCAGCGGGCCGUGUGUAUGUUAAGCAAUACCACAGCUAUUGCGGAGGCGUGGGGUCGUCUUGACCACAAGUUUGACCUGAUGUAUGCCAAACGAGCAUUCGUGCAUUGGUACGUAGGCGAGGGCAUGGAAGAAGGCGAGUUCUCGGAGGCCCGUGAAGACAUGGCAGCCCUUGAGAAGGACUACGAAGAGGUCGGUUUGGACAGUCUCGAUGGCGAGGAGGGGGAUGACGGCGAAGAAUACUGA